UGAACUGGAAACGCGGGGGAAUUAACUUUAAAGUUUAAAUGAUGCAGUACAUUGUACUUAUAAGUUAAAUAAUGAGGGUUAUAGUGUUAUCCUAGUUAAUUAUUAAUAAUUAUAAAGGUUAGCUGGUGUUUGAUUAAGCGUUAAGAUUGGAUUAGCAAAACGUCAAUAAAAGACUUAAAAGCAUUUGAUUGUGUACUACUAGUACUAAGUACAGUGUACAACCUGGAGUACACUAUAACUUAUAAGUUAUAUUUAUAAAUAUACUUUAUAAACUCAGAUACUGAUAUACUUUGCUAUUCUUACCCAGUUAAUGUUCCAGAUAUUCUGUUACAACUUACACUGUUGCAGUGUUAGCUUUUUCAGAUUGAUUUCGCUUUAGCAUGUUAGUUUUAUAGACUAUUUUCUAAACUUAACUUUAAAUUUUUCCAUUAAUGUUACACUUAUAGGAUGAAAUGUAGUAAUUGGUAUAACACUGGGAGUAGCCUGGUUAUUAUAAAUGUGUAAGCUUUUUAUUUAAUUUUCCAUCGUUAUGUAUGAAGAGAAAAAAUAAAAGCCUAGGCUUAAAAACUGGUACUAAGUGAUUAAGUGACUUAAGUUAUGAAAAUAUAGUAAUAUUAAAAGGACAAUUUGUAUUUUUAAUGAGUUAUGUAUACAACUUGUAAGUUGUAGUAAUACACAUACUAGUAUUAGUAAUAGGUGUAGUACUUUGCAGUAUUAGUAGCAGUGGAUUAGUGACACCAAUUGAUUUUAUGCAACUUUUUUUAGAAGUAAGCCUUUAACUUAAAAUAUUGUGUAUUAUAUUUUAAGUAUACUUUAGAGCUUAAUCUAAUGUAAUUCAGUUUGUGCUUUAUAAUAAUUUAUAUGACUGUUCUGUUUUCUUAACUCUUGAGUUUUGGGGGCAUAUUGUUUUCCAUUUUUGUAAUAAUAAUAAUAAAUAAUUUUGAUAUGACACCAACAAAAAAAAGUUGUACAAUCAUAAGUUUAUUAAGAAAGCAAGGAGAAAGAAAAAAAAGAUUGAUAAAAUGCCCUGGCUGUGAAAUGGAGAUUAUAGAAAAUGCAUUGAAUUUUCACUUGGAUAAUGAUUGUUCUUCAAAGCAAGCAGCUGAGCCUGAAGGAACUUCUUUAGCUAUGAGAAACAGUGAAGAGGAAAUGACUAAUUGUAGUAAGCAGUAUGAAUUAAAUCAUGAACAAUUUCAAACAGCAAUAGUGGGUCAUACAGCAAAAAAUACUUUAGCUACGUUGUCACCUAAACAGAAAUGUGGAACAGCUUCAACCUCAACAUUGUCCUCUUUUAAUCUUAGUUUGUCAAAAAAGAGACUCCUAUCUCAAAACAAACAUAAAUUCAGUAAAAAAGUUAGACCUACUAGUGGAAAUGAUGAUAAAGUGUUGGAGGAACAGCCUCAGCAUUUCAUAUCAACAGAGUCUUCCAAAGCUAUGUGCAAGAAUAUAGAUAAUGAUUCUGUAAAAUUAAGUGUUUUUUAUUCAGAAACUGGUUCUCAUUCUGAAAAAACAGAACCAUGUGAAAGGAGUUUGAAUCAGAAACUUGUAAAUGAAUUUGAUUCAAAACCAGAAAUUGGUGACAACACUAAGCGAGACCAUGAAAUCAAUGUUGAACCUCUUCAAAACUGUUCUGAUAUAAAAAAUGUUAAUAAAGGAAAAAUUAACAAUGGUCCAGAGAGCUCAGAAGACACAGAGGCUCUUAAAACAAGAAAAGAACAGUGUUCCUUAUUAUCUCAAGAAUUUUCUACACAUUAUUGAAUAUGUUUUAAGUCAGAAGGAUGACCAAAAGCUGUUUAAUGAAGAUGAUAUGACUCAUAUAAGAAGUUUUCAACAGUUAACAGAAGCUGGUCAAAAGUUAUAUGUACGAUUGUUCCAACGUAAGCAUAAGUGGAUAAGGCCACAGAAAAUAGAAUACCCAGAAAUAGCUGAAAACAUUCUUCCCAUUUUAGAAGAACUAGUAAAGGCUCAGCUUCUACAUAACGUAAAUGACUUAGAAGAACUAGAAGAAGCAUUAAAUUUACUGAAUCCAUUGGAGCUGAAAACUCUUUGCAAGACAUUGGGCGUUGGCUCAGGUACGAAAGGAAAGAAAGAAACAAUUGUAGUUAUCCUGAAGCAUGGAAGAGAACAUAAGUCUGUAUUCCAGUCCAAGUUUUCUCCCAAUAUCACUGGAGUAAUCAUGAAGAAAGCUCGUCAGGCAGUUGGGAUCUGCUUCAAACUGACCGUAAUUCCACGACGUGUGUUUACAAGAAUUUUGAUGCUUUUCUCUCUCCCUGCAGCCGCUGAAGAUGAAGAUGAUGCCAGUGGAGGACAACAACAACAGUUGGUUACUUUGCUGUUAGUAAACCGAGGCCAACUGGUUUUUCCCACAACAACCAUACGCAGAGUAGCUAUUUUGUUUGAAACUCGUGAAGAUUUAAUCAGGUACGAAGUGGCGAGGCAGCUAGAGGGAGAUUUACUUUCUUCAGUUGAGGCUAAGGACUAUGAAAUGGCUCAUCAACUAUUCUUGAAUGUGAAAGAAAUGUACUUCCACUACUGCAGUCAAGGGCAACCUGAGAAGGACAAAAUUCUUCCCACCUUCCUACGUUGUUUCACUGCCGGCCAUGUUUACGUUCGGUGUCUGAGCCGUGGUGUGGAAAUACUGCAAAAACUAAGAAGAUACAAGGAUGCCGUAGAUCUGCUGCAAACACUAGUUGAUCAAAAGGAGUAUUGUCUAGACUACAGAGGGCGAUGGUAUGAUAGAAUUGCUUUAAAUUCAGAUCAGCAUUUAAAACAGCCUGAAAAAGCUUUUUCUGUGAUUAAAACUGCACUCUCAGAUGUUUUUGUGAGAACUGGCCACAAGUUUGCUCUUUUCUCUCGAGCCCAGAAAAUUUGUUCUUCCUCUUCCAACAAAAAGCUAGGACUAAAAUUGGAAGAGCUGCCAGAGAUAUUGUCAGUUCAAGAAGCUCCCAAGGUGGUGAUUCAAGGUCGGCUGUUUCCUCGUGCAUUACCUGGAUAUAAAACUGUCUUUAUUUCCAUGGAUUCUGCUGAAUCAAGUAGUGUUGGGGAUGUUGUCAUUGUUGGAGUUGAGGAAUUAGCUCUACAACAUUAUAAGCAACAAGGCUUUACUCAGGGCAUUCAUGGAGAAGGAUCAACAUUUUCAAUGCUGUUUUGUUUGUUAUUCUGGGAUAUUAUUUAUGAGUUAGAGGUUGACGAUGUUUUCCGUACACCAUAUCAAAGCUACCCGUUGGACUUAAAUUCAGACCAUUUUUAUAUGCAUAGGAUGAUUGAAAUUCAAGAAAGACUUCAAGAAAUAAAAAAUUGUACAAUAGAGGAGCUACAAAGUAGAAUUGAUCAAAGUUGGCAAGCUCAUCACGGAAAAGUGUGUUUAGUCAACUGGGAUAGAUUUGGCAGCUCGGAUGAUGUGCAGGGUUUAAUAAAGUGUAUAGGAAAUGAACUGGUUAGUGGAAUCUGCCAACGACUUGUACAAGAUUAUCGUCAUUGUAGAAGUGGUGUUCCUGACUUGGUUGUGUGGAACCCAGAAUUUUGUACAGUAAAGUUUGUGGAAGUGAAGGGGCCCGGAGAUCGUUUGUCUCCUAAGCAAGUGAUGUGGUUAGAUUACUUGUUGUCACUAGGUGCCUCUACUGAAGUUUGUCACGUGGAAGGUGUUGGUUGCAGAAAACUUCAGAAGGCUGAAAGCUGAAUUGAUUGUAUUCUUCAAGAAAGAAAGUUAUUGUUCUUCAAGUAAACAGAAUAUAUAUAUAAUUCUAGUAAUAAAGUAUAGUGUGAAAUAUUGAUUGAAAUUAAAUGCACUUUGCUUAGUGAUAUGCUUACUUUUAUUAAAUAAUAUAUUGUACAGCAGUUGAAAGUGUAAAUAACAUUUAUGAGAUGUAUGGUUGUAGUAAAGUAAUGCUGGCUUAACAGCACUGCUUGAAUGUUAUUUAGCUUUCAGUUCGGGAUGAAUUAUUAAAAUUGAUACCAUAUUUGAUCUGUGUAUGUUUACAAUUUUAUUAAUAUUAUAAGAGAACAAAGAAGCUACUGUAAAAUCUGUGUGAAACAAAAAGAAAAAAGGUGUCUGUUUUACCUAAACAAAGUUCAUUUGAUCCUGCUUGUGUCUCUUUCGUUAGAAAUAGUUAUCAGUUUCUUUAUGAUGCUGUUGGUUAACUAGCUUGGUAUUUUUACAAUGUAUAUAUAACAAAAUGUUAGUUCAUUUUGGCAAAUUACUUGUAAUUCUUUAUUCAUUCAUGAA